GUGCCAGCUUCUUGAGACUUUUGGAGCGAGCCAGCUCUUCCCAAACAUAUCAAGACCUACUCUGCAGCAUUUGGACGAAGGAAACUGCUUUUAUCCUCUGCACUCGGCGCCAAGUUGGGAUCCUAGUUGCCAUCGAACCCAUUCAGGAACCGGGAACUUUUCCGUAGAAAGGCGGACGGUUUACUUCACUUUGUGCCAGCACAGUGAAUCUAUGCGCUGA